AUGCUGUCAAUGAGUAUAAUCAUCAUCGGUGGGGCGGCCGGCGGAAUGUCCGCUGCGCUUCGAGCGCGACGCCUAGAUGAGAAUGCAUGCAUUACAUUGAUUGAGCAAGGAGACUAUCUAGGUUACGCCAACUCAGGUCUGCCGUCGUCAGUAGGGGGUGUGAUUAAAACCGACACCCUUCUUAUCCACCAGUCAGCGGCGGGCAUAACGGAACGAUUCAACAUCGACGUGCGAGAACACACUGAGCUAGUAAGCAUCGCAAAAGAGCGACAUUUGAUACAAUUACGAGGGUCGAAAACGAACGAAACAUAUUGGUUGUCUUAUAACAAACUGAUUCUCGCGCAAGGUGCUUAUCUCGAGCCCCCACAAGUGCCAGGCAUUGAGAGCGAGAAUGUUUUCCCGUUCCAGACUAUGUUGGAUCUUUAUAAGAUCAAGGAUUAUGUUUCUACACACUGUUGCCGAUCAGCUGCGAUUAUUGGUGGCGGAUAUGUUGCUCUGAAGGCCGUUGAAACCCUGCACAAUUUCGGACUCCAAAUCAGCAUCAUACAUUCCCAAGCUCGCGCUUUUCAGGACUUUGACUUUGAUACGGCCAAUGUGAUAAUGUCCGAGCUUAUCAAAAAUGGAAUUCGGGUCUACCUAGAUGCAAAGCUCCAGCGUAUCGGCAUAGGAGUUGUUAAAGACGGCUUUGUUGUUAUACUAGCCAACGAAUCUAGCAUUCCUGCCGAUCUUGUUAUUAUAGCGACCGAUCUGACACCUCGAACGGAAAUUGCUAGGGAUUCAGGCCUCAAAUGCAAAGAUAGUGUUCUUGUCAACGAGUUCAUGCAGACUAAUGACCCUGACAUUUAUGCGGUCGGUGACAUGACGGAGACAACCAACUCGGUCUCCCUAAUGUCGAAUCGUCUACCUCUUGGUGGUACUGCGAGUCUGCAAGGCCGGCUCGCAGCUGAUCAUAUACUGAAACGUGUGACUCCUUAUCGUGGCCAUAUAGGCAUAUAUAGCUGCAAAGUCCACAGCUUAACUGCAGCUAUGGUCGGACCAUCGUUGGAGAAGCUCAGACAAGUCGGAUAUCAUCCUCAGUUUGUGACGGUCCAUGUUCCGGACCACGCUGGCUAUUAUCCUUCAGCCCAACAGAUAACCCUGAGAUUGACCUUUCAGCCCGGCAAUGGAAAUCUUCUAAAUGCACAGAUUGUUGGUCGAACAGGGGUAGAUAAACGAAUUGACGUGCUGUCCGUUGCAUUACAGAGCGGCCUAACCGUUUUUGACCUGGAAAAUCUGGAGCUCUCAUAUGCCCCUGAAUAUGGCUCGGCAAGAGAUCCGGUGAACGUCUUGGGUAUGGUCGCAGCUAACUUACUCAGAGGAGAUCUACAUACUGUCACGGCUGGUCAACUGGAUGAUCAGAUCGAUGACUGGCAGAUCAUAGAUGUACGGUCUCCCGAAAGUUUUGCUCAAGGCCAUAUUCGGUCAGCAGUCAAUAUCCCUAUCGAUGCCCUGCGCCAUAGUUUAGCUUCCAUCAACAAGGGCCGACCUGUGGUGGUCUACUCUCGUGUUGGCUAUCAUGGCUACCUUGCCUACCGAACUCUGAUUCAGUUAGGGUAUAAAGUCUUCAAUCUGGAUGGAGGAUUCAAAUUAUUCCUUGAGGGUGGGUCAAGAAUCGGUCUUUUAUCUAGGAAAUAG